AUGUCACUUUACUCUAAAUUUCUGAAGGAUAUGCUAACCCAAAAGAGCAAGUAUAUCCACAAUGACACAAUUGUAGUGGAGGGAAACUGUAGUGUUGUGAUUCAACGCAUCCUUGCACCCAAGCACAAAGAUCCAAACAAUGUCACUAUACCUUGCUCGAUCAGUGCAGUCUCAGUUGGUAAGGCUCUUAUUGAUUUAAGAGCCAACAUAAAUUUGAUGUCGCUCUUUAUGUGUCAGAGGAUGGGAGAGCUGGAAAUAAUGCCAACCAGAAUGACUCUACAGUUAGCUGAUCACUCCAUCAUCAGGCCGUAUGGAGUGAUAGAAGAUGAUUUGGUCAGAGUUAAACAUAUUACUUUCCCUGCAGAUUUUGUGGUUAUAGAUAUAGAGGAGGAUAUUGAAAUCCCCAUAAUUUUGGGAUGUCCUUUCAUGUCAACCGCCAGUUGUGUAGUAGAUACGGGGAAAGGUAAAUUAGAACUGAGUGUGGAGGAUCAGAAAAUUUCAUUCGACUUAUUUGAAGUAAUGAAGCACUCAAGUGAUCAGAAGGCCUGA